AUGGCGAGGAGCGCGGGUACAGGGUUAGAGGGGCUUGACGGGCUGCGCGAGCAGGGCGGGGGGAAGGCGGAGGGACGAACGAGAGGGGACGCGCAGCAAGGGUGCACGGAGGGGAGGGAGAGGAGCGAAGCGGGCGAGAGGAGCGAAGGGGGCACGGGCGAGGGGAUGUUGGCGCAAGGCCUGGCAGCCGGUGCAUGCGAAGAUGAGACGAGCGCGCGCAGAGGCCGCGGGCAGCUAGAUCAGGGGGCAGCAGCGGGGCGGCCACGGGAGGAGGCGAGAGGCGACGGCCACGGGCAGGGGGAGGGGCAGGGGCAGGGGCAGGGGCAGGGGCAGGGGCAGGGGCAGGGGCAGGGGCGGCGGGUGAUUGUGAUAUCGGGCCCCACAGCAGUGGGCAAGUCGCGGCUGGCGCUGGCGGUGGCGGAGGCGGUGCGGGGCGGCGAGGUGGUGAGCGCGGACUCGGUGCAGGUGUACCGCGGGCUGGACGUGGGGUCCGCCAAGGCCUCCCCUGACGAGCAGCGCCGCGUGCCGCACCACCUGCUGGAUAUCCGCGAGCCGUGGCAAGGAGCAUGUGCGCAGGAGCAUGUGCGCAGGAGCAUGUGCGCAGGAGCAUGUGCGCAGGAGCAUGUGCGCAGGAGCAUGUGCGCAGGAGCAUGUGCGCAGGAGCAUGUGCGCAGGAGCAUGUGCGCAGGAGCAUGUGCGCAGGAGCAUGUGCGCAGGAGCAUGUGCGCAGGAGCAUGUGCGCAGGAGCAUGUGCGCAGGAGCAUGUGCGCAGGAGCAUGUGCGCAGGAGCAUGUGCGCAGGAGCAUGUGCGCAGGAGCAUGUGCGCAGGAGCAUGUGCGCAGGAGCAUGUGCGCAGGAGCAUCCCGCCUCAGAAGGAGGCUUCCCCCCCCUCUCCCCUCCCCUGUCAUCCCGCCUUUGCACCCCGCAGAGUUCACUGCAGGCGACUUCUACGAGGCGGCGCGCACGGCCGUGGAGGGUGUGGUGCAGCGGGGGGGCGUGGCGGUGGUGGUGGGCGGCACGGGGCUGUACCUCGCAUGGCUGCUGCACGGCCGCCCCGCCACGCCCCCCUCCUGCCCCGCGCUGGAACGCGCCGUUGCCCGCGAGAUCGAGGCCGCUGUGAUGCGCGCCAGGCAGGCCAGCAGGGGGGAGGGGGCGAGGGGAGAUGCGAGGGGGGAUGAGAGGGGGGAUGAGAGGAGCGUAGCGGCGGUUGGUGGGGCAGAAGAGGCAGUAGGUGGGGGUGAGGGGGAUGCAGCAGCGGGAAGGGCGUCAGCAGCCGACGCAGUGAGGGGCGGCUUGGAGAAAGAGUUGAGUGCUGACGGGAGGAGCGAGGAGGGCAACGAUGGUGUGGGUGUGGGGGGAAUGGAGGAGGCGAUGGGGGGCCAGGCGAUGGGGGGCCAGGCGAUGGGGGGCCAGGCGAUGGGGGGCCAGGGCGAAGCAGGGAGAGAGAGAGAGGCGAGGGAGCGGGGGUGGGCGAGCAGGCAGCCGCGUGUGAGGUAUUCGGAGGAGGGCGACUGGGAGGCCGCUCUGGCUGCCCUUGCUGCUGCGGGCGACCCAAUCACAGCAGGCCAGCUGGCACGGAAUGACUGGUACCGGCUGACCAGGGCGUUUGAGAUUCUCAGGGCCACGGGGCGGCCUCGAUCAGAGAUCACCGUGCCUUCCCACCAGGCCAAACACACCUCCCCGCCUGCUGCUGCUGCUGCUGCUGCUGCUGCUGCUGCUGCUGCUGCUGCUGCUGCAGCCUCGUCACCUCCACCUUUCGCCUUCCAUUGUUUCUUCCUGGACGCCCCUCGCCUGCCACUGUACCGCCGAAUAGAUCGACGCUGCGAAGAGAUGGUGCAAGGUGAGGCGAGCCUUGCUGCUUUCAGUCCACACUCCUUCCACCAACCCACGGCUCCGGCCCCCUCGCCCUCAUGCAUCCAUCUCUUGCCUUCCUCUUCAUGCCCCAUCGUCCCAUGCCCUCUCUCGCGCUCUCUCCGCCCGUGCAGCGGGCAGGCGGGCUGCUGGAGGAGAGUGUGGCGCUGCUGCGGGCGGGCCUGCACCCCGAAUCCUCAUGCAUCCAUCUCUUGUCUUCCUCUGCAUGCCCCAUCGCCCCGUGCGCUCUCUCCGUGUGGCCGGUUGGCAGGCGGGCUGCUGGAGGAGAGUGUGGCGCUGCUGCGGGCAGGGCUGACCCCCGACUCCUCCUCGCCCACACACAUGCCACAUCCUCCCGUGCCCUCUCCCGUGCCCUCUCCUCCCAUGUGGUCGGCAGGCGGGCUGCUGGAGGAGAGUCUGGCGCUGCUGCGGGCAGGGCUGACCCCCGACUCCUCUUCGCCCACACACAUGCCACAUCCUCCCGUGCCCUCUCCCGUGCCCUCUCCUCCCAUGUGGUCGGCAGGCGGGCUGCUGGAGGAGAGUCUGGCGCUGCUGCGGGCAGGGCUGACCCCCGACUCCUCCUCGCCCACACACAUGCCACAUCCUCCCGUGCCCUCUCCCGUGCCCUCUCCUCCCAUGUGGUCGGCAGGCGGGCUUCUGGAAGAGAGUCUGGCGCUGCUGCGAGCGGGGCUGCACCCCGACACCUCCUCGCCCACACGCGCCAUCGGCUACCGCCAGGCCAUGGCCUUCCUGCUGCACUGCCAGCGCCUCAUGGGGCAAGCGAGGACCAGUGAGGAGCCAGGGCAGCAAGAGCAGCAGGUUGAAGAGCAGCGGGUGGAAGAGCAACGGGUGGAAGUGGCGUUGCAGGAGGCGCUGCAGGCAGCGCUGGUGGCGUUCAUCUUGGAGUUUCAGCAGGCGUCGCGGCGCUACGCCAAGCGCCAGAUCACGUGGUUCCGCUCCCAACCACUCUUCCGAUGGCUGCCCGCUCACACGCCCCUGAGGAAUGGCCCCCCUGUUGAGAGGAUCGCCCCCCUGGUGAGGCAGUGUCAAACAAUAGAAGUGCGUGAAGUCGCAGAGUUGCUCACUCGAUUCCACGGCUCCAUGUUCCCCCUCCCCCUCCCCCCUGCCCUCCAUGUUCCCCCUCCCCCUCCCCCCUGCCCUCCAUGUUCCCCCUCCCCCCUGCCCUCCAUGUUCCCCCUCCCCCCUGCCCUCCAUGUUCCCCCUCCCCCCUGCCCUCCAUGUUCCCCCUCCCCCCUGCCCUCCAUGUUCCCCCUCCCCCCUGCCCUCCAUGUUCCCCCUCCCCCCUGCCCUCCAUGUUCCCCCUCCCCCCUGCCCUCCAUGUUCCCUAUCCCCUCUGCCCUCCAUGUUCCCCCUCCCCUCUGCCCUCCAUGUUCCCCCUCCCCUCUGCCCUCCAUGUCCCCCCUCCCCUCUGCCCUCCAUGUUCCCCCUCCCCUCUGCCCGCCCCAGGACGAGCUGGUGGGGAUGGUGCUGCGCGACUUUGAUGGGUCGACGGGUGGGGAGGUGCAGGCAGGUGGGGAGGUGCAGGCAGGUGGGGAGGUGCAGGCGGGUGGGGAAGGGCAGGGCGAUGGAGAGGAGCAGGGGGGUGGGGAAGGAAGAUUUGGGGCAGAGAGGGAAGGGGGGCAGGGUCGUGUUGGAGGAGGGGGCAGUGGGGGGGCGUGGGAAAAGGCGGUGAGGCGAGAGCAUCGCAGGGAGAGCAAGGAGGAGGAGCGGGCGCUGAAGGGGUAUCGGGCACAGCUGGAGAUUUACUGUGACCAGAAUGCCAUCGAUGCCACGCUGGCGUGGAUUCGAGCCAACGUCACGCCGCACCAACAGGGCUCACAGAGCGAGCAAGGCAACGCUGUUGCUGCAGGUGUGCCCCUCGUAGAGACAUGA